AAUGAUAUGUGUUUGGGCAAUUUUAGUUUUAUACUGGAUUAAAAACACAUGUAAUAAUGAACUGAGUAAACCAUUGCCUCUUUUAACGUUAAAUGUUGGUUCUUUGAUGUUUUGAACGUGCUUUUAUCGGGGUUUUUAAGCGAAAAUUCACUAGAGCAGAGCUGUUCUAAGAGGCCUACAUCAUGCCUGCAGAAAACACCUCUGAACUUCUUAAGCACUAUGAGGUUUACGAAACCAUUGGCUCAGGUGGGUUUGCCAAGGUCAAACUUGGCAGGCACUUAUUGACAGGAGAGAAAGUGGCCAUCAAAAUAAUGGUGAAGAAAGACCUAGGGGAUGACCUGGCACGAGUUAAAAUAGAGAUUGAGGCUAUGAAGAACCUCAGUCAUCAACAUGUAUGUCGUCUCUACCAUGUCAUUGAGACAUCCAGCAAGAUCUACAUGGUGCUUGAGUAUUGUCCUGGAGGAGAACUGUUUGAUUACAUUAUUGCUAAAGACCGGUUAUCAGAGGAGGAGACUCAAGUGUUUUUCCGUCAGAUCAUCUCUGCUUUGGCUUAUGUUCACAGCCAGGGCUAUGCCCACAGGGACCUCAAACCAGAAAACCUACUGAUUGAUGAUAAUCAGAACCUGAAACUCAUUGACUUUGGCCUCUGUGCCAAACCGAAGGGUGGUUUGGGUUAUGAACUGAUGACCUGCUGUGGCAGUCCAGCAUACGCAGCUCCUGAGCUCAUUCAGGGCAAGGCGUACAUUGGCUCUGAGGCUGAUGUGUGGAGUAUGGGUGUGUUGCUGUAUGCUUUGCUGUGUGGUUUUCUACCAUUUGAUGAUGACAAUUGUAUGGUCCUCUACAGAAAAAUCACAAGAGGCAAAUACAGUAUCCCACAAUGGCUUUCACCUGCUAGUAUUCUGCUUCUAAACAAUAUGAUGCAGGUGGACCCAAAGAGGCGUUUGACAGUUAAACAUUUGCUUGAUCACCCCUGGGUUAUGAAGGGUUACAGCACACCAGUGGAGUGGCACAGUAAACAUCCUUUGGGUCACAUAGAUGAAGACUGUAUUACUGAAAUGGCAGUGGCUUUCAAACAGUCCAGACAUUGCACAAUCCAGCUUGUGUCAGAGUGGAAAUAUGACCACACGACUGCCACCUACCUUUUACUGUUGGCCAAAAAGCGUCAGGGUCGUCCUGUGCGUCUGAGAGCAGAAUGCCCUGUGCUUGACCCAGACAUACAACUGAAGAAGAAACUACGCUUCAGUGAGAAUGAUGAUGGUGUUCACCCAGUGGUGCUUGGCUCUAUGGUCUUCCCCACUGAUUGCUACGAUGACGAGAAUCCCUGGACCCCUCUCACGCCCAAGAACACACACACUACAAACACUCCACGCAUGAAACAUACCACUGAAACAUCAGAGAAGCGGAAUGAAAUAGGCCACUCCCCCUUCAUAGACCAAGGCAGGCCCCGCCCACAUAAGCCAGAGACACGUGAUGGGAUGAGAGAAAAUAAAGAGAAUCUUGCCAUGACCAGCACAAAUGGAGAUGUUUUUGCUCUUCCUCCGCCCCGAACUCCAAUGUGCAGUAGAAAAGCCAGACACAACAGAACUAAAGCAACAACACCCAACAACAUUACAAACAUGAGCAGUGACUCAAACAAAGGAGUGGGCAGUGCUUCUAAAGACAAGUCCCAAAGGAGAGGCUUGGACCAGCAGCAGAGCAGCCAGCAAGGAGAGCUGGAGAUACUGGCUUUCAGUCCCGAGAGGAGGUCUCGAUCUCUUGACCUGGCAGGCUGUAAGGUGGACAGUGGGACGAAGCGAAAGGGUGCGAAGGUGUUCGGCAGUCUGGAGAGAGGCCUUGAUAAAGUUAUCACAAUGCUAACACCCAACAAGAAGAGAGGACUGCGAGAUGGGCCACGCAAAAUUAAGGCUCAAUACAACGUGACACUCACCAGUCAGACUAAUGCCGACCAAGUGCUCAAUCAGAUUCUCAGUAUCUUACCAGAGAAGAAUGUGGACUUCGUUCAGAAGGGCUAUAAUCUGAAGUGCCACACACAGUCAGACUUUGGGAAGGUGACCAUGCAGUUUGAGCUGGAGGUGUGUAUCCUACAGAAGCCAGAGGUGGUCGGGAUCCGUCGGCAACGGCUCAAAGGUGACGCUUGGGUGUACAAACAUCUGGUAGAGGACAUCUUGUCCACAUCCAGCAUCUGAUCUCAGUGUCCUCUACGAGAGUGAAAUAGUAUCACUGGUUCACCAUAAUUUAAACAGGUUGAUGAGAUCCAUUUGAUGUCUAUUCCAGUUCCACAUUUCAGUACUCAUUAUCACGUACAUCAUUUUGCCUCAAAUACCACUUCCUGCACAGUGUUGUUUGUCACAUUCUGCCCUUAACAGAAAUGCAAAAAAAAAAAAAAGUCACUUUAUACACAUUUCACAUUAUUGAAUGGUAAUUAUUUUACAUUGUUCAGCAUUAAUCAAUAUUUAUCUAGCAUAAUAGCACCAAAUGUCUUUUUUCUUUAUUUGUUUUGUGUUUCUGUAUCUUAUGUCAUGUUUUGUUUUUUACUUGUAAAGCUUCUAAUCUGUUACAAUUGUCAAGAAGUUUGACAUUUUGUUCAUGUUUAAUAUUGUAAUAUUUUCACAUCACUCUGAUUUAUAGAAAAAUAAAUAUUUUUAACAUCUAUACUUCACUGUAUCAGUACCCGAUGUCUAGUUUGAUGAACUGUUAUAGCAUAUACAUUUUUAGAAAAUAACAAAAAUUGCAUUCAGCUUUAUAAAGAGUAUAAAGCAACAGCAACUUUAAAACAAAAGGAAAGUCGGUUAAUGCCCAUGUUACUUGACAACUGCCAAAAAGUACAGAGUACCAAGUACAAUGAAAUUCUUACUUGAGUGCUUCUCGCAAAACUGAGACAACAUGAAUGUGCAAAUGGGGAGUGACAGAAAAAAUUGACAUAAGCUUGCACAAUAAAAGCAAUGUGCUAAAUGAUAUUAAUGUGAAGGGGUCUAUAAUGUUUUGUAUAAGAUGUAACAGUAUGAUUGAAUACUCAAUAUCCGCUUUGCCUUUAAGAAACAGCAUGAAUACCUUCCAAAUAAGAAAAUGUAGGCCAUAAGAAGAGCCACUCUUUAGAAUGUCAACCCACUGACUUUGUUUAAUAUUUAUUUAAUAAAAGUUUAAUGGCUGGAAUUCAUUUUAACCCCUCUCUCAAUUGUAUGGUAUG